GAAAUUAUUAAGACGCAGAGAGAGAGAAAGAGAGAGGUAUAACAACACAUCGGUCGAUCGCUUCCUUCAGAGUUCAGACUAACUAAUACGUAAAUUUUAUUUAAUAAAGGAUUAAUUCCCUCUUUCUCUCUCUCUCUCUCUCUACCAAAUUUGUUUUAUCAGUGCAUCUCUGAUUCACCUACAUUUCUAAGCUUCAGUACCACUAAGCAUUGUCGGUAUUCUUCUACAAGUAUGUCGAUCACUUCACCUGUAACACCUGGUCAGGUGUCAUUUUUACUUGGAAUCAUCCCUAUCAUUGUGGCAUGGAUUUACUCUGAGUUUCUGGAAUACAAGAAAACUUCAAUUUCUUCAAAAGUAGGCAGGCAUUCCGACAUCAAUUUGGUUGAGUUGGGCAAGGAAACUGUUAAGGAAGAUGAUAAAACUGCAUUAAUAGAAAGUGGGAAUCUCCAAUCAGCUUCUCCUAAAGCUCGAAGUUCAUCUGUUACAUCUCACCUUGCUAGAUUCUUUCUGAUGGACGAAUCAUUCUUGACUGAAAAUCGAUUAUUAUUGAGAGCCAUAUCUGAAUUUGGUCUCAUCGUGUUCUACUUUUACAUAUGCGAUCGUACAAAUGUCUUUGGAGAAUCAAAAAAGACUUACAAUCGGGAUCUUUUCCUAUUUCUCUACUUCCUUCUCAUCAUUGUCUCAGCGAUGACUUCUUUUAAGAUCCACCAUGAUAAGUCACCAUUUUCAGGGAAAUCCAUACUUUAUCUGAACAGGCAUCAGACUGAGGAAUGGAAAGGAUGGAUGCAGGUAUUAUUUUUAAUGUAUCAUUACUUCGCUGCGGCGGAAAUCUAUAAUGCAAUCCGUAUUUUUAUUGCUGCAUAUGUGUGGAUGACUGGAUUCGGAAAUUUCUCUUAUUAUUAUGUCCGGAAAGAUUUCAGUCUUACAAGGUUUGCUCAGAUGAUGUGGCGGCUAAAUUUCUUUGUAGCAUUUUGCUGCAUUGUCCUUAACAACAACUAUAUGCUAUACUACAUAUGCCCCAUGCACACCCUUUUCACUCUUAUGGUUUAUGGUGCUCUUGGUAUUCUAAACAAAUACAAUGAAAUUGGAUCAGUCAUAGCACUAAAAAUUGCUGCCUGCUUCAUGGUGGUCAUUCUGGUCUGGGAAGUCCCUGGUGUAUUUGAUGUGGUUUGGAGCCCAUUUACCUUCUUUCUUGGUUACAGUGACCCAAAUCCGUCAAAACCAAAGUACCCUCUCUUGCAUGAGUGGCAUUUCCGCUCAGGCCUUGAUCGCUACAUAUGGAUCAUUGGGAUGAUCUAUGCUUACUAUCACCCAACUGUGGAGAGAUGGAUGGAGAAACUGGAGGAAACAGAAACAAGGCGCAGAAUAUCUAUCAAAAUAGCUGUUGCAACUGUUUGUUCAGUGAUGGGAUAUCUGUGGUUCGAAUAUAUAUAUAAACUGGACAAGGUUGCAUACAACAAGUAUCACCCUUAUACAUCAUGGAUUCCCAUAACAGUCUACAUUUGUUUGCGCAAUGUUACUCAGCAGUUCCGUAGCUACUCUUUGACCCUUUUUGCAUGGCUUGGGAAGAUUACACUGGAGACCUACAUCUCACAGAUCCACAUCUGGUUAAGAUCAGGCGUGCCAGAUGGACAGCCUCGAUGGCUGCUAUCUCUUAUCCCAGACUAUCCAAUGCUGAACUUCAUGCUCACUACUUCAAUAUAUGUUGCAAUUUCACACAGAAUCUUUGAGCUUACCAAUACAUUGAAGUCUUCUUUUGUACCAAGUAAAGACAAUAAGAGAUUGAUGUAUAACAUGAUUGCAGCUGCAGUAAUCUCGAUCAUGUUGUACUCCUUGUCCUUUGUAUUUCUGCAAAUACCUAAAAUACUGCAUUGAGAAAUUGAAGUUGUGUAGAUAAUCUACAAGCCUGAAGGGCUAAAUCACAUUGGAGUAUGCUUUGGAUGCUCAAAGGAUAUCUUAGUGGCAGAAGCUCUUGCAUAUUCAACAGAGAUUGAAUAAUCAGGAGGCAUGCACUGGCUGAUAAAAUCACUUGAAGUAAGAAGUUUGAGAGUGGGCCGUUAUAGUAGAGGAGGUCUGUGCUGGCUGCUUUUGUAUAAGAAAGGUUGGAUUCAGCUUCCUCCAAUUUGAGGUGCUGUUUUUGCUUAGUAUUUCAUACCAUUUUGUCCAUUGUAAUGAUUUCAAUUUCAUUAUAGCAUUUAUUACGUAAAAAUUUUGAGCAAGUUUGCCACUUCCAUCAUGGGCCACACACAACAUUGGCAUGUAACCCAUUGAGGCAGCGAAUUCUUCAAACAGCAUUUCCAAGCGAAAUAUGGUGAUGGAGAUUUAUAUAGUCAUUGCGCUAUUAGUCUA